AUGAAGCUUGAUCUGACUUCCAGAAGCAUUAUUUAUAGAAGAAUCUGGAAUGUGAGAAGUGGAUCUCAAAAGCCCACAAACAACGAUGAUUUUGGGUUCUUGAAUCAGAAACUGUUAUACCUUUUUGGAUAUCUUGUCGCGACUCGAAGACUUUCUUUCAGUUCUACAUUCUUACCGUUAUUCGCUACUGCCAAUGUUCAUGUAUUGCCUUGUUGUUUUGUAACUUUGGAAUAUUCAACUAGUGAUGUUGCCCGUUACUAUGUGAAAUUGAAAGCAUUUCUCAUUAAAAGACUUCGUACAGCGAUGUUUAAUUAG